AUGUCUCCUUUUUCAUUGCUAAUACUGGUUAUUUGUGCCUUCUCCCUUUUUUUCUUGAUCAAUCUUACCAGAGGUUUGUCUAUUUUAUUGGUCUUUACAAAGAACCAACUUUUGGCUUUGUUGCUACUGUCUAUUGUAUCUUUGUUCUCUAUUUCUUUAAUUUCUGCUCUUAUCUUUUUUGACCUCCUUCCUUCCACAUUUUUUGGAUUUAUUCUAUUGUUCUUUUUCUGAUUUCUUACAUUGAAUAUUGAGUUCAUUCAUUUUCAGUCAUUUGUUUUCUUUUUCUGUUUGCUUGGUUUUGACGUCUGUUUUUCUCCUCUAUGUAGACCAGGCUAACCUCAAAUUCAUGAUGAUCUUCUCCCUUAGGCUCCCCAGUACAGAGAUUUACAAGCAUGAGGCACUGAGUCUAGCUGUCAGGCUUUCUUUAUUGUUUUCUAAUUUAGAUAUUUAAAAGCUAUAAAUUUCCUGCUAAAACUGCUUUCCUACAUGAUCAUAUAUGGUAGUAAUUUCACUGUUGUUGAGUUCCAAGUACUUUAGUAUAUUUGUUAUCAUU